AUUUUAUAUAAAAAAGUCGUUUCUCAUACCGGCAAUUCUUCUUCGCUUUAUUUCACCUCUCAUACUAAUUAUCAUUUCACUGUGUUUAGUAAUAUUAUUUUCGUCUGAUUACUUGUGAGAAAGUGUUUAAAUAAUAGAAGAUAGAAACUAUGGAAAUAUAUACAUUUGAUAAAAGUCUUCAAGAAAGGCUAGUAGAAUUCAGUGAAAUAUUAUCUAGCCAAAACAAAAUAGUAUCGGCAUCACAAAUUAAAUCAGAAUGGUUAAAUUAUGUUGAACUUGUAAUAGAACCAGUUGGAUGGCAAGCAUUGUGGAAAAUUCCUCGUAUGACUUGUCAAGAUUUAAAAAUUCAUUAUCCUACUAUUGUCGUCGUCGAGGCAGAACAAGUUGAUUUCAAUGAUCUCUUUGCAUUAGUCAAAAUCACAGCUGUACAAGAUGACAUUCAUUUGCCUGAAAAAUAUGAUGUACCUUUGAUAGAAUUAUAUCCAACUCAAAAACAAGAGAAUAGGACUUUAGACAUGGUUGGCACUGCCAGUUGUAUAGAUCAAGUGAGAUUUUUUUAUAAUUAUUUAUGGAUGCCAUGGGACCUUGAUGAUGAUGAAAAUUCAGAUUGGGUGACUUUGCAUCUAGAAUCCAGAAUUAGAUUAUUCUUUGAUAUGAAACGGGGAUGCGUCAAUAAAGAAACUUGCGACGUGAUCAGAACAUUGAUAAGGGAAGGAAGAGAAAUCCAGCAAAAAAUUUCAAGAUUAGAAGAAUCAAUGUCCGAUGAAGAGGAAGUUGAGAAUUGUUUAAUGGAUGAUGGUAAAGCUUGUCAGUUGAUGAAACUUCAUUUUCGAUUGCAACAAAUUAAAACAGAAAUGGAGGUACUUGAAAAUCCUGCAAUUAGAGAUAUUCUCUCACGAAAUCAUAACUCUAUUAUGGUACAAGAACAAACAAGAAAGCAUGGGAAUAGUGAUAAGCAAAAGGAAGCUCAUUUUGUAUGGCUCGGUGGUACUUUAACAGAAAUAAAGAAUGCUGUAAAUAAAAUUGAAACUAUCAUAUCACCAAGUUUAUUUCUACAAAUGUAUAGAUGCCUGCAAGAAGCUUUGCUUGUUGCUGACGUUGGUGAAAUUGUUUUUCUUGGAGAGGGACUACAUCAAAUUAGAGGCUCCGGUGCUCUGGAGGAAGGUGGCACUAUCAAAGGAAUUGGCAGGGCGGAACAUAUAAUACUUUCUGCAAAUGACAUAGAAAGCCCACCAUCUUUACUAGAUUUUUCUGGACAAGAAGUUCUAUUAGAAGACAUAUCUAUAAACCUUGGUGAACUUCAGGCUGGUAUCAUUGUUAGAAAAGGAUCUGUAAAAAUGAUUGGUUGCACGAUAUUUGCCUUGAAUCAAAGCAUAGUUAAAUUAGGCAUAGUAAUCUUACCAGGUGCAAAAUUAAUAAUGGAAAAGAUAAUUUUUGAUGGAUUAGGAACUGCUAUUGUUAUUUAUGGAACAGGUGAAGUUGUUAUGAACGAAUGCAGCUUCAAAAAUUGUAUAGAGGGUGUCCAGUUACACGAUGGUGCUUCUUUAAUAGCAAAGAAAUGUACUCUUGGAUAUUUCAAAGAAUAUGCUAUUCGUAUGGAAACACAGAAAUAUUUAAAUGACACCGAGAGUAAAAGUGGUAGUAUUGAAUUAUUAAAAAAUGUAAACGAAAUUUCAUUGCAGGAAUGCACUUUCCAAGAUAAUAUUAAAGCAGAUAUAAUUUUCAAAUCAAGAGGUUCAACAUCUUUUACUUCAAAACAAGAUUGUAAUACCACAAUAACUUCUUAAAUUUGAAAAUUCUUGUAAUGCUAUUUGAAAUAUAAUUACUUCCCAAGUAGUUUAUACAUGUCAUAUCAUAGUGCAUACAUUUAUAUAAUAUAUCAUAUUUUUGUAAUUGGAUAUUUUGUUGUAUUGUAAUGGGCAUAUGCGAAUUGAACAAACAGAUAUAUUUUCAUAUCGUACGUACAAAUGUACAUAUUAUUAUGUUUAUUUUGUAAAAAGAAGAAUUUAUAACA